GUCUCCAUGUCUAUCGCUCGCCGGACCGUCAAAUGCUGAAUUUCCGUAAAUUCUAGACUCGACUUUGCGACUGGUAAUUGCAAUGUCAGAUUUGAAGCGAUGGUCCGUAACCUACACAAAACACAUCAAACAGAAGCGCAAAGUCUAUCAGGAUGGUUUCCUAGAGCUUCACGGCUCAAUCCACAAGGUCUUACUCUAUGACAAUUUUGAGAAACUCCUUGAUAGCAGGAUUCUGAAGAAAGAUGAAGUUGUCCAAUCUGAUGAAACGCUGGCAUUUGAUGCUUAUCUUGUUGACAUUGGGGAUCUUGAUGGAAAUCACAAGCCAAUACCUAAUUUGAAUUUUCAGGGAAGAGAUCAGAAAAUUAACGAGAAAGCUGGGUUGUUUCAUGGGAGGAAGUUCAAGACUAAUCCAGUUUCUGCUGAAGAGAAGAAAACAAAUCCAGGGAAGAAAAAAUCACAAUCCAAGAAUUUAAGUCCAUCGCAAAAAAUUAUUAGAGAGUUCAAGAAGAAUGAAAUAAACAAGUACAGAGCACCAGGAAAUUCUCCAGUUACCAUAAAUACCAGCUGCACCGAAUGGCAGGUGCUGUAUACUGCACAAAUAACUCAAAAGGCCAAGAGGUAUCAUGAUGGAAUCUUAAGAGUUACACCUUGUGGAUCCCAAAUGAAGCAGCAGGCUACUUUACUAAAUGAAGAUGGAACCAAUUUGAGCUGUAAAUAUCUCAAGUUAUCUGACGAUGUGACAAGUGGGAGUUCAUUUGAACUGCCAAAUUACUUAGUGGAGGUUGGGGAGUUGCUGAAGAAUCAUGAAGGAGAAGCUUCAAAAGAUGCUCAUCCCGGAAAAGAUGUGGAAUCAAAUUUCACUUCCCCUAGGGUUGAUAAUUUCAGAUUGAGAAGGACCAUUCCCAUAGACAAGCCUUUGCGUGGUGCCAAUGAAAUUAUGUCUGUUCUCAGAAAAUCUAUGCCCCAGCAUGGUGGUGUGUCUGUAAAAAGGGUAUCUGUGGAGCAGUGCCAUGUUUCAGGAUCUACAGGCUUACUUCAAUUUGGUACUCUGAACCAGAAGGAGGGACAUGUUGUGCAACACACCCAUUGUAACAGAGUUGAAGAUAUUCAUGAUAAAGAAACUAAUGAAAGUCAAAACCUAGGAGCACUUCAUGAUGAUCACAGUGACAGAACUGAGGCAGACAAUCAUGAUGGAAAAACUUCCAAAAGGCAUAAUCUAGGAGCACAUUGUGAUGAUCUUGAAAUUCAGAUUGUCAAACCAGCAGAUACUGAAUGCAGAGGAGAGCCACAGGGCAAAUAUUUCACACUGUCAAAUUUCUCUCUUGGUUCAGAGGCAUCUGACAUGCCAAGUAUAAAUUUGGGUGUGGAUUGCACAAAUAACAUAUUGAAGCAAGCUUCUUCUAUUGAGGAGCCUCAAGCUCCAUUGGAUUGUCCUAAUGAUUACCAAGCACAGGCAUUGGAAGGCAAUUUCCUUGAAUUAAUGUCUCCUAAAGGCAAGCUUCUCGUCCUUUUUGUCCACUUUUCUGAAUCAAUCACUUGA